AUGUACUGCAUGCUCCUGGUCCACGGCAACGUGUGCGGCGGCUACGUGUACGGCAUCACCAGCGUCACCAUGAUGUCCGGGAGCCCGCCGCGGUCGGCGCUGAUGCAUUGCAGGCGGUCGGACUACGCGGCACUGAUCGCGGGGCCCGCCUGGCUGGCGCUCAAGCUGUACAUGUGCUGGGCUGUGCUCGCGCUGUGGCACAGGUACGCCUUCGGGUGGACGACCACCGACUUCCGGGCUUCCGGGUACCUCGAGCCCUUCAACCCGCUCUCCGACACCAGGGGAGGGAAAGCGCCCGACACCUCCCACCUCCACCGGGCCUUCACCGGCUCGGCCUAG